AUGAAGUUCACCUCUGUCAUCGGCGCUCUUGGCGCCUCGAAUCUACUAUUCACAAGCGUAGGCGCCGUUGAACUGGACAUCAACUCGCCAGACUCCAUCAAGCAAGCCGCCAAGGCAAUUUCUGCAAACCUGCGGUCGUACUAUACCGGUGACAAUGUAGGCGACACACCAGGCAAUCUUCCAGACCCAUACUACUGGUGGGAAUGUGGCGCCAUGUUCAAUGCCCUCAUUGACUAUUGGUAUUACACUGGAGAUGAUACGUACAACAAGAUUAGUACACAGGCUCUAGAGGCUCAGAUGGGACCAAACCAAGCUUUCAUGCCUGACAAUCAGACCAAGACGCUCGGAAAUGAUGACCAGGCUUUUUGGGGAAUGGCCGCCAUGGCCGCUGCAGAGAACAAGUUCCCCGAUCUUCCCGACGACAAGCCUUCUUGGCUGUCCCUUGCACAGGCUGUCUUCAACACCCAAUACAAACGCUGGGACUUGACUACUUGCGGUGGAGGACUGAGAUGGCAGAUUUUCAGCUUCAACAACGGGUACAACUACAAAAACACCAUUUCCAACGGUUGCUUCUUCAAUAUCGCCUCUCGACUAUAUAAAUACCUUGGUAACGACACAUACGCCGACUGGGCUGAGAAGGCUUGGGACUGGGAGCUUGCCGUAGGACUCAUGAGCCAGGACUACCACUACUACGAUGGAACCGACGACACGCAGAAUUGUUCCACCAUUAAUCACAUCCAGUGGACAUACAAUGCUGGCAUCCACAUGGCCGGUGCUGCCGCCAUGUGGAACGUGACACAAAACGACAAGUGGAAGACCAGAGUCCAGGGUAUCAUCGACGGAGUGAGCGUUUUCUUUGUAGACAAGGUCAUGUCUGAAGUCGCCUGUGAAAACAACGGCAAGUGCGAUGUGGACCAGCGCUCCUUCAAGGCUUACCUUGCACGUUCCAUGGCAUACACAGCUAGCGUUGCACCUUGGACCAGUGACCAAAUCAAUCCUUAUCUUCAGACAUCGGCGCAGGCUGCUGCGAAGCAGUGCACCGGAGGUGCUAACCAGACUUCGUGUGGGCUCAAGUGGACCACCAACGGUGUCAACGACGGCAGCUUUGGUGUUGGCGAACAGAUGGCGGCUCUCGAGGUUGUACAAUCGCUGCUGUAUCCGUCAGUCAGCGGUCCUGCGACGGCGGAAAAGGGUGGUAUCUCCAAGAGCAAUCCUGAUGCCGGUGACACUUCAUCCGAUACACCCAUCAAGUUCGAUACCGUCACCACUGGCGACAAGGCUGGUGCUAGUAUCUUGACCAUCUUGGUCCUGGUGUCUAUUCUUGUUGCUACCUGGUCUUGCGCACCUGCGAUGGCCGCCCCUCCUGAUCUCAACGCCAUCCUGGCAGCGCUUGCUGCCGGACGCCCGUCGACUACCCCCUCUCAGACACCCCAGCAGCCUCCACAGGCGCAACAUCCCCCUCCCCAAGGACUCCCGCCAGGCUUCCCCGGCGCAAUGCCUACUGCCACUCCGCCCGCUAUGCCCGGAUACAACUUCCCCCCACCCACCCACACUGGCAGUCUUGACCUUAGCGCUAUCAAGCCCGUGAGCUCUGGCUCAGUCAGCAUCCAGGAUGCGCUGGCAAAGGCACGCGGCUUUGCGGCUCAAAAGGGCCUUGCACACGAACAAGCGCGUUCAGGUAUUGCUGAGCCUUGGUCUGGUUAUGGUGUCCCAGCGCAAACUUACACAGCUCCAGCUUAUCAAGAAGACCCGCGAUUGAGCGGACGCCAGCCCUACCGACGUUCGCGGUCGCGGUCGCGAUCUCCCGCGCGCCGCGAACCCGUGCGUGAAAGCUACAAUCCAUACCGCGAUGAGCGCCGUGAUGAACGUCGGGGUGCCUAUGGACGUGAACGUGAUCGCUCUCCUCCUAGGCGUGACACCUUCUCUCCUUCGCAGCAGUACGGGCAAGCGCGCUCGCCCCCUGCUAAUGACAACUCUGAGGUGAUUCUCAUUGACUCUUCUUUGGUUGGCCUGGUCAUAGGGCGUCAAGGUGAGAGUCUUCGCCGCAUUGAACAAGAAUCACAGACGCGCAUUCAAUUUAUCAACGGCCCCGAGUCUGGACCUCAACGCGAAUGUCGUAUCACCGGUAGCCCGGGUGCUCGUAUCAGUGCUAAACGCGAGAUCAACCGUAUCAUCGAAGAGAAUGGCGGCAAUCCCGCUCGUGAGACUGGCCGCAAUGCACGAGCUGCUGCUACCAAGAUGGUUGGUCAGCAACAGCCCGCCCUUAGAGAGGGUGAACAAUCUUCGCAAAUCAUGGUGCCUGAUCGUACCGUUGGUCUCAUCAUUGGUCGUGGUGGUGAGACUAUCCGUGAUCUACAAGAGCGCAGUGGCUGCCACGUCAACAUUGUUGGUGAAAACAAGAGCGUGAAUGGUCUGCGACCUGUGAACCUCAUCGGAAGUCCUACUGCUGCUGCCCAUGCCAAGGAACUCAUCAUGGAGAUUGUCGACAGUGACACUAAGCAAAUGGAAGGCGGCGGCGCCGCACAAUCAGCGCCACAACAACAAUUCAACAAUAGGCGUGACAAUUUCGAUCCGUACGGUGGAGGUGCUGCUGGCGGUGCCGGAGCCGGCAAAAUCAACGACAGUAUUCAGGUUCCCUCUGAUGCUGUUGGCAUGAUUAUUGGCAAAGGCGGUGAAACCAUCAAAUCAAUGCAGUCUGAUACUGGUUGCAAGAUUAACGUGUCUCAAGCUUCCGGCGCUGACAUUGAGCGCGAGAUUGGCCUUGUUGGAACCCGUCAAGCCAUCGAGGAUGCCAAGCGAGCUAUCUGGGAGAAGGUUGAUCAAGUGCGAGAGAAGAACAAUUCACGACGACGUGACAAUGGAAACAACGACAACGGAUACUCACAUCAGCAGACACCUUCAUAUGGACAAACCGCCGCAUCCGCACAGCAGCCUCAGGCGGCUGCACCCGCUGCUGCGGGUGCUGCUGGCGCUGCUGACCCAUACGCUGUCUAUGGCGGCUACCAGAACUACCUUGCAAUGUGGUAUGCGUCCAUCGCACAGCAACAACAGGGUGGCCAAGGAGCUCAAGGACCUCCAGGCGCAUAA